AAGCGUGGCUGCGGCUCCUCCCCCGCGACCCAAAUGACAAGCUAGUGGAGUCGUCCGCUGUUGCUAACAAAACCGCGGAAAUAAAGCCGUAAUGCGGUCGCUUUCGUCGUCAUUUGUUGCUUCUUAGUUGCGGUGACUGCACGGCGGGUACGCGAAGGCCUUCGUCGACCCGUUUUUCGCUAGCCAGUCGUUUCGCGGCAGGCGCGCAUUGGAACAGUCAGUCACAAGUUACGAGUCAAGUUAACGUUCGCUAGUUUGGUUUGACAGCUAACCGUUCACGGUGACUAGCUUGUCUCAGUUCUGGUCCACGUCAGUUUCAAAACAAAUCACGCAGAGCGAGUGGUCGAGGUUGGAGCGUUACCUUUUCUGCCUUUGUGCCAGUUUUACUCAACGUUAACAGCCAGAUAACGUUGGACUGGGUACGGGGAGGCUAACUUUGUGUUUAUUUCUUAGAGCGAGCAGGUUGUGUUCUAGUUCUGCUGCGUUUCGGGAGGUUUACGAAGUUAGUGUUGAGCUAGAGAGCUCCGUCGACUACAAAAGCCACUUGAGUUCUUCUGAAUCUUGGAUUUAAAUGUCCGAAAAGAGUUCAUCGUCCGGCUCAGACGAAGAUGUGGAACCAGAAUCCGCACAACCUUUGGAGUUCGGGGGCGUUUUGAGCAAGUGGACCAAUUACAUCCACGGAUGGCAGGACCGAUGGGUGGUGUUGAAGAACAACACUUUGAGCUACUACAAGUCGGAGGAUGAACGGGAAUAUGGCUGCAGGGGCUCGUUGUGCCUCAGUAAGGCUGUCAUCACACCCCACGAGUUUGACGAGUGUCGUUUUGACAUCAGCGUCAACGACAGCGUGUGGUACCUCCGAGCCGAAGACCCCGAGCACAGACUCCAGUGGAUCGAGUCAAUUGAGUUGCACAAGGCUGAGUCCGGGUAUGGGUCAGAAUCUAGUCUGAGGCGUCAUGGUUCCAUGUUGUCCCUCACUUCAGCAGCCAGUGCCUUGUCUGCCACAUCCACAUCCUCUUUUAAGAAGGGACACAGGCUGUGUGAGAAAUUAGCAGAAAUGGAGACCUUCCGGGACAUUCUUUGCCGACAAGUGGACACGCUGCAGAAAUAUUUUGACUCCUGUGCUGACGCCGUCUCCAAAGAUGAGUUUCACAGGGACAGAGUAGUGGAGGAGGAUGAAGAAGACUUCCCUGCCACUUCAAGGCCAGACGGUGAAUGUUGUCACAACAAUAAUGGCAGCAAAGAGAAACUGUUCUCCCCCGCCAGUCCCAAAGGGAUCAAUGGCAUCGACUUCAAGGGAGAGGCCAUCACCUUCAAGGCCACCACAGCGGGCAUCCUGUCUACUUUGUCACAUUGUAUUGAGCUGAUGGUCAAACGAGAGGACAGCUGGCAAAAGAGACUGGACAAGGAGCUGGAAAAGAGGAGGAGGGUAGAAGAUGCCUACAAGUCUGCUGUGCAUGAACUGAAGAAAAAGUCCCACUACGGAGGCCCGGACUAUGAGGAGGGGCCCAACAGUUUGAUCAAUGAGGACGAGUUCUUCGACGCGGUAGAGGCUGCCCUCGACAGACAAGACAAAAUAGAAGAGCAGUGCCAGUCGGAGAAGGUCAGGAUUCCUCGACUGACUCCAGUGCCUCCCGGUGACGUCUACUCCAGCGUCAGCACGCACAGAUUCGCGACCAAGGCGCGUAGUCAUUGCUCUUCCCUGUCCUCUGUCGAGCUAGUCAGUGCUUCAGAUGACAUUCACAGAUUCAGCACUCAGGUGGAGGAGAUGGUGCAGAAUCAUAUGACGUACUCGCUUCAGGAUGUGGGCGGAGAUGCCAACUGGCAGCUGGUCAUCGAGGAAGGAGAGAUGAAGGUGUACCGAAGAGAAGUGGAAGAGAACGGGAUCGUGUUGGAUCCUCUAAAAGCGACGCACGCCGUCAAAGGGGUGACGGGACACGAGGUCUGCCAUUACUUCUGGGACACUGCAGUGCGCUUGGACUGGGAGACCACCAUUGAAAACUUUAACGUCGUGGAAACGCUCUCCGACAACGCCGUCAUCGUUUAUCAGACACACAAGAGAGUGUGGCCGGCCUCUCAGAGGGACGUGCUCUAUCUGUCAGCCAUCAGGAAGAUUCUGGCAACCAACGAGAACGAUCCCGACACCUGGUUGGUGUGCAACUUCUCUGUCGACCACAAAAAUGCGGCCCCCUCCAACCGGUGCGUCCGGGCCAAAAUCAACGUUGCCAUGAUCUGUCAAACUCUGGUCAGUCCACCAGAGGGCGAUAAAGAGCUCAGCAGGGACAACAUCCUGUGUCGAAUCACUUAUGUGGCCAAUGUAAAUCCAGGCGGUUGGGCUCCGGCCUCGGUGCUCAGAGCCGUCGCCAAGAGAGAAUAUCCCAAGUUCCUCAAACGUUUCACCUCCUACGUCCAGGAGAAGACUUCGGGGAAGCCCAUCCUGUUUUGAGAGGAAAGGAGAGCCACAGUUGCCGAUUCGCUUUUCAACCACUUACUGAACACCGGGAGAACAGCAAAACGCACAACAUUGAGCACACUCACGCAAGGAGCUGCUGUCAGCCACAGCUCAUGUCCAGAGAGUCACACGCAGCUCCACCAGGCCACGCCUCUUCGAGUUAAAACACACACACACACUCCAACACGUACAGUAUUUUCUGUACAUUUAAGCUUGCAACAUCAACACCUAAUCCCAACUGUGGAGGGAGCAUCAAGGUUGGGCGUGCUUGCCCACUCAGGGCCUGAACAGCUUGCUAUCACCAUUGGGAAAAUGAAUUCAUCAUUCAUGAGUUCAUCAAGAUAUUUUGCAGAAGAACUUGAGGCCACCGGUCCAACAGGUUUUUUUUGUGUGUGCGCUCAUAAAUAGAUUUAAAUGUGUUCAGGAUGUGUGUGGGAGAGGUCAAAUAAUUUCCUUGCCGUAUUGACCGAAAUCUUGCUUCUGGAGGUGAAGGCUGCGCCCCCUGAAAGACGACAGCGUGCAACAUGCGUCCCGACAAGCACAACCGAGGACCCCCUUGAACACGAGACUGGUUGUGUGGCUUUAAUCCAUCAGUAUUUGUCCUUCCAGCUUAACAUCUGUGGGUCCUUUUUAUAUAUAGUUUCCUCCUCAGUGGUUUCAAAUGAUUGUUGUUCGCUUUUUUUUUUUUUUUGUAGAUUGUUUUGUACAUUUCUUAUGAUUACAUAGUUGUUGUGAUUUGGGGCUAACUGUUAGCGUCAAUGCUACUUGUUUGCUGCUGCUAAAGAGAGAAAAGUGAGUGAGUCUUUUUGGCCUCCCGCCCCUCUAGUGAUGAGCCCGUCCGCGGUCCGAUGGUGGGCGAGCGCCUGAAGCGUUUUGAGCGGGUUUCUCUCUGAUAUCUUUAUAUUUGUACAGCUUCUCUGGAGAGCAACCGCGGGACACGGCGGUUUGUGCAGAGAAACCACACUUAGUUUACCAAAGCGACAAAUGUGAAUUGACUGUUAAAAUGCUUGAAUUAGAUGCUGGUCGAUCUGCCAAGGAAGCUUUGGCUUAAAGUCUCAUUGACACAUAGAACAUAUGCUAUGCCGCAGCUUAUCUCCUAGCACCUGGCGGCCAUUUUGGUUGCUGUAGCGUCUCGUUGGUGUAAAGAUUUCCUCUCUUUGAGAGUUAAGUAGAUUCCUUGAUUUUCCUAACGCACCGCACCCCCGAUCUUUAGUCUGCCUAAGAAAUGUCUCCACUCAAUUAUUUUUGUCUACGUGAACAUUCAUCCUAAAUUGAGCAUUCCAGCGCUACAAUUACAUUUUGCGUGCCACACUACAGUGCACAGUGACUGAUGAUGAUAAACUACGUCCGGGGAUGCCUUAGACACCAGCGUGAGUCUGGUGAUUCUUACUAUACAAUCACCACGUGUGCAUUUAUCAACAGUGACUGGAAGUGUUUUUGUGUUGGGGUGGGAGGUUCAGCAUUUCACAUAAUCAUACCUCAACAUUAAAAACAGCUCUGGAUUGUUUGGUAUUAUCGUUGUCAUCAAAUUUGAUUUCGUUUGGGCGGCGGGGGGCUAAUCGCCCUCUGGUUGGCAGUGCUUAAGAAGGAUUUUGGAUUAUUAAUUUAUACGAUCUACACACCAUGUCCGCUGAAGAGUAUAGCUAUUGUUUUUAAUUUUGAUAUUGUGUCACUAAUCCACACACUUUGUACGUGUGUAUAUUGUACAUCAAAAGUGUUAUUAUUUGCACUAAAUGUAAUGCAAGUUGACAAUGUUCUGUAAAUUAAAAUUGCUACACAACAGAAAUGUGACAAAGCGUGUGUGCCCCC